GGCGUUGAACGUUGAGUAGGACUGGAAGCAAUUGGCUCAGGAGUUUUAACUCGAGCCCAGUGGAGAAGGAGACUCCAUUCAGCGUAGGCUCAUCGAGUAGGAGCUGUAGCUUUACAAGUUUCAAGUAUUGAGUAAGUAAUCCUAGUAUAUAGUCUAAUUUAUGUAAUUUGUAUAAUAAUUACACCAGUGCCAGUGCCAGUCACAAACAGUAGUAGAAAGAUGUGACAGGGACACAAAAAAGGAAGACCACUGCACGUAUAUAGAUCCGAGCCUGCCUUGUUUUUGUAUGUACAAAAAUUACUGCAUCAGAUCUGAGAUCGAAAGCAGAUCAAAGACAUAAUAUUAUUCAUACGCAUCGCAGCAAUCGACUCUCGGCAAAUGGCAUUUUUCAAGCCCCAUAUUGAUCGGCUGUCACAUCUCUGAGUUUUGCUCUUCGAUAAAGUACUAUAAAAAUCGGUUCAAAUUUUCUUUUGAUUGCCUCCCACACCCACUGAAAAUGAAUUCCGACUGCAUAACAUCGAGCUGCAAUCGUCGUCGUUCGCGAAAUUUUUACCGCCGAUAUUUGACGCUAUGCAGGGCGAAAAAUGUGGCUCCGUUAGCAGACCUGGCUGGCAAUGCCGGCGGAGGAGGUUCCGGUGUUCACAAGUCCAAAGUGAACCAUUCGUGCCGAACGGUAGAUUUCUUCGGCGAUCGUUUCAGAGAAGUGGACUGGCAGCUGAUUAUCGAUGCACUGGGCGAGGACUCGUCGUUGGAAGUGCUGGGCAUUCGCCUUCGCAAGGUAUUCGGCGAAAUAGUCGAGAACGGAUACCAUAGAAUAGACGGCGUGGCUGAUCGACCCGUUAUUCUAACAAAACGCCUAUUUACUAGACUGGUGGAUAGUUUGCAGAACUUUCUGAAGAACAACCAGAGCGUAAGCGUUUUGAUUCUUGAAGCCAUCCCCGUUCAAGGUAUACACAUGGCGGCUUUCGUUGACGGUUUGCAACAUAGUUGGUCCUUAACUCAGCUCAGCUUGUCGCGUAGUGCAAUCGGUGACGAAGGCUGUGAAGCCAUCUGUAGUGUUGUAAUGCAUUUGCACAAACUUGAAUCACUUAACAUGUCUGCGUGCCAAUUGACGACUAGAGGAUGCCGUGCUGUAGCCGAAUUGGUAAAAUACCAGAAAAUAAAACGAUUCGCUCAAAGCUGGGAGCACUCGCUGCGGUAUGGAGAUGUUGACGUCGAGGAAAUGCAGGGAUUAAGAAUCGUGUCACUCAGCUCCAACACGGGUAUUGGCGAUGAAGGACUUAAAGAGUUAACAGAGGUUCUCAAAGACGACGAAUGGAUCCGGCAAGUAUUAUUCAGGAACUGUGGUUUGACAGACUCCGGUGCAAAAUUGCUAGUAGACUGCCUGAAUUUUAACAAAACUAUCAAGAAAUUUGAUAUACGAAGCAAUUCGGGUAUCUCAAAUGAAGCUCUCCAUGAAAUACGCAUAAAAUUAGGGGAAGAGGUGGAAUCAUCUGACAGUAGUCAAUCGGUGCCGGAAACUCAGGUACCCGGACCGAUAAAGCUUAAAGCUUCCGAACAGCUUAUUUGUCUUCAGCACCAGUUAUCAGUGGAGCGAAACAAGGUGGCUCAGAUGCAAUUGCUUAUCGAACAGCUGCAAAAUCAAUUGCACCUGCAACAGGAACAGUUUGCUCUUCAGAUGAAUAAUGCGAUGCAAGAACGUAAUGCAACUAUCAAUCAGCGCGAUAAAUUACUCAACAAAGUGCAGCGAUUGGAGAAGGUGCGGCCAAAAAGUAAAAGAACCAAGUUACGUAAGAGCAAGAGCGCUGCUUUGCCGUCGGAUUUGUUUAGAAAUAAUUCUGCAGAAAAUCCUGCUUUGGCCAAUGGGCGUUCCUUCCAUGGCACCAAAUCGGAGAUGGCGUUUCAUUCACAUCGCGAACGACGCUUGGAAUUAUCUAGUGGAGGUACUGCGAAGCGACCGCAUGUUAUGGAACGUGCCAUCGGCGACAGUGGCCUCAACUCUCAGUCGAACCAGAAUGAAUUGGCUAAAAUGUUUUGUCUAACGCAAAAUGAGCGCGAGGAAGAAGGUUUCGGCGAUAUCGGUUGCUCGAAGGUGACUGUCAGAAGAGCGAAACCCGACAGGCAGCAUGGGAAUCGGACACAAUUAAAUGACAUAGCUGAGUACAGUGGAGAUGAAUAUUUUGCCCACGUCGAUGAAGCCGCCGACCAACAGCGUUUGGGGAAUGGUUCAAUGAGUAAAAACUUAGGGGCACAUAAUGAAGAUGAAGUCUACGAUGAUGGCAGUUUCGGAAAUUCUUUAUCCGGAGCUGAUCUUCUGAAAGUAAUCGCCAGACAGAGGUCGAAAGAACGCAUGCACGAUACCCAAUCUCUAUUCAUGAGCAUUUUCAGUGGGGAUGAGAACUAGCCCUGACUUAGUAGGAAUAUCGAAAAUGUUUUAUUUUUUAAGAAAGUAUAGCUUUUGAUAUAGCCGUAAAAAUAAAAUUUGUUGUGCAGGAAACUUGACUUUGUUUUUUGAAUAUCAUUCGC